AAAUCUCCCUACACACCCCCAAUUCCUUGGCUUGCCCUUUUCACCUUUCCCUUUCUCUCUCUGAUCUCUCUCUCAAAAACCAACCCCCCUCUCUCUCUCAUCUCAGAUCUCCCCCCAACUCUCAUCCCCAAUGGCAGCCCCCACCCCACGCGAAGACAACGUCUACAUGGCCAAGCUAGCCGAGCAGGCCGAGCGCUACGAGGAGAUGGUCGAGUUCAUGGAGAAGGUCUCCGCCCUCAACGACUCCUCCGAGGAGCUCACCGUCGAGGAGCGCAACCUCCUUUCCGUCGCCUACAAGAACGUCAUCGGCGCCCGCCGCGCCUCCUGGCGCAUCAUCUCCUCCAUCGAGCAGAAGGAGGAGUCCCGCGGCAACGCCGACCACGUCGCCGCCAUCAAGGAGUACCGGGCCAAGAUCGAGUCCGAGCUCUCCUCGAUCUGCGACGGGAUCCUCAAGCUGCUCGACUCCAAGCUCAUCCCGUCUGCCGCCUCCGGCGACUCCAAGGUGUUUUAUCUCAAGAUGAAGGGCGAUUAUCAUAGGUACUUGGCGGAGUUUAAGUCUGGGGCUGAGAGGAAGGAAGCUGCGGAGAAUACGCUCAAUGGAUAUAAGGCUGCUCAGGAUAUUGCCAAUGCAGAGUUGGCUCCAACCCAUCCAAUUCGGCUCGGAUUGGCUCUUAACUUCUCUGUGUUUUACUAUGAAAUUCUGAAUUCACCAGAUCGAGCAUGCAGUCUCGCAAAACAGGCUUUUGAUGAAGCCAUCGCAGAGCUGGAUACACUCGGAGAGGAUUCGUACAAGGACAGCACCUUGAUAAUGCAACUUCUUCGUGAUAAUCUGACUUUGUGGACCUCAGACAUGCAGGAGGAUGGAGGAGAUGAGAUCAAAGAAGCACCCAAGCGUGACGACGAGCAGCAUUAGUGGUCUCAUUUGUUUCUAUUUUAGCAUGUCUCUUCUCCUAAGUAUGUUUUUGACUGGAGAAGUUGCCUAUCUAUUCCCCUACGAGUCUCUAGGAUUUGAUGCCCUGAUUUAUGAGUACCUAAUUUUUUAGUUCACCUUUUUCAUUUUCAAGAAUCUUGUUGUUUGGUCUUUGGAUUAUGAAGUUUUACGUUUCUGGUUAAUGGGGUGUGGCUUAUUUUGAUUGCUGCCAACAUCUUAUCUUGGGGUGGAAUUGAUGCCUCCACAAGAACCAUGUUUCCUCCCUUGCUUUGAUAUUGGGGAUAUUUCUUGAAUCAAACUUGGCAUUUGUUUGUA